AUGUCAUGUUCAAAAAUAUUUUCAGGAGAUUUACCUGAAUUAACAUAUGAUGUUAUAAAAUAUUUUCAGAAAGAUAUUUCAACUUUAUAUUCAUGUAUUUUAGUAAACAGAUUAUGGUGUCGUUUAGCAAUUCCAUUAUUAUGGGAAAAUCCAUUUUUGAUUCCUAUUCCUAACAAAAGUCAUAAAAUUAUUAAUAUUAUUGAAAUUUACUUGAAUAAUUUAAAUGAUGAAUUUAAAAUGAAAUUAUAUGAAUAUAAAAUUAUUAAUAAUUCAUUACCUUCAAAGAAUAUGUUGUUAUUUGAUUAUCUUAAAUUUUUAAAAUAUUUGAAUACACAUAAAUUUAUCUUCUUUGUUGAAACAUGGAUAAGUAUUGCUAUUAAUAAUUUGAAACCCGAAAAUAUAUUAUAUGAUACUGAAAAUUUUAAGAGAUUAGUUCAUAUGUCAUUAUUUAAAAUUUUUAUUGAAAAUGAAGUAAAUUUAAAUACUCUUGAAAUUGAAAUUUCAGGUAGUUAUUGUGAUACAUAUCUUGAUAAUAAUCUUGAAUUAAUUUUACAAAAUCAAAAUUUUAUUCAAAACGUUAUAAAUAUGAAACUUUAUAUUAACAAUUAUGAAGAAAAUACGAUAAUUAAUAAUCAUAUAUCACAAAUAAUUCAUUCACAUCAAAAUCUUAAGAAAAUUUUCUUAAUUAAUUUAAGUAGCGAUUAUUUAAUAUCUUUAUAUCAAACAUUAUUAUUAUCAAAAGAUUAUAAUUGUUCAAAUACUUUAAAUACAAUAGUUUUAUAUCAAAUCAAAUUUGAAUUAGUGAAUAAUCUUGAUAAAAUAUUUGAACAAUUAAAUGUUUUAGAAUCUAUUCAUAUUAUUUAUUGUUCAUUUUUGAAUAGUAAUUUUAUUCAACAAAUUAAUAAUUUAACUAAACCAUUUAAAUUAAAAUCUUUAAUUUUAAAUGAGGUACCACAAUUUGAAUCAUUACAACAAUUAUUAUUAAAAUCUGGUGAUUAUUUAGAAAAUUUCGGUGGGUGUAAAAUGAAUUAUUAUAAUCAUGAUAUAUCACGAUUAUUAAAAUAUAAUAAUAUCAAUUUUCUUUAUUUUGUUGGGCAUGAAAGUAGUAGUUCUACUUAUCAAAAAAUCAGGAUAAUUGAAAAUAUUAAUCAAAGUCUCAAUUAUCUUUCAAUCAAUAUAUAUUCACCAAUUAAUAGUUCAAUCAUAUUAAAAAAUCUAGGACAAAUUCUCCCUUCUAAAUUAGAUUACAUAAGUUUGGAAUUAACUAUUGAAGAAAGGGAUUUUGGAGUAUUCUUAGAAAAUUCUCAAUAUAGUUUAAUUAAUAUGUUGUUAAUACUACAAUUUGGUAAUGAUGAUAUUUUACAUAACAUAAAGGACUAUUAUAUUAUGAAGAAAAAAAGAGUCAAGUGUUUAGCUAUUAAGGAUGAUAAGAAAGAAUUGUUUGAUUUGAAAGACGAAGUGAGGGAAUUGGAGUUACAUGAUAUUAAAGUUCGAAGACAUAGUGAUUUAAAUAUUAAAAUUUAUGACUUUAUAAAAGAAUAUUGAUUAGUUAAAGAAUAUUUGAUUGGUUAUAAUGGUAUGAUAUGGCGCGAUUUAUAAAUAUUCAAUCAUUUUUAGAAAUGAACCUAAUCCACUGGUUUUUCAGACAUUUGUUUACUACGUAUAACUUUUUUAUCAUCCUGGACACGGAAAUAUAGUUCACCAUAUAAAAUAAACUAUUUUAGACUUUUGUGUAUUUGCGUAUUUGUCAGCUUGACGAACCUUUUUUUUUCUUCGUGACUCCUGAAGGAAUGAAAGUUCGUAUCACUAAUUGUAAUGUAGUUAUAAAUAUUAGUAAAAACUGAACGUGAGUGUAUUAAGAUGUAUUAUAAUAAUAGCAAACCAAUAAAAAUCAAUAAACUAUU